AACGUAUGAAGUACGAGGACUUGCCUGCAGUGAGUAUUAUCAUACCAUUCCGAGAUGAACGACUGAGUGUGUUACUGAGAACUAUACAUAGUAUUCUACAGAAUACACCGAGCAAACUACUAGCUGAAAUUAUCAUUAUUGACGAUGGUUCUGAAACAGAGGAACUAAAAGCAAAACUGGAUGUGCAUAUUGAAACUAUCUCAAAGGUACACCUGAUAAGAUUGAAACCUUCCGCAGGUUUAAUGGUGGCUCGACAAACAGGGAUAAACCAGUGUAAGGCAGAGUACUUAAUAACGAUGGACUGUCAUAUAGAGGUUGUCAAAGGUUGGCUUGAACCUCUGCUACAUCGCCUUAAACAGAAUCCAAAGGCUUGCUUAUCGCCAAACGUUGGCCUUAUCAAAAGGGACACAUUAGGUGUGGAUUUUUCAGACAGAUUGAAGUUUACCAAGUUCCCAAUGUUUGCAUUUAAUCUAGAAGAAGCACAUAGCUUUUAUAAGACGGAGUUUCUAUCUGAAAGAAAUAGAUCGGAACCCUUACCGACUGGUAUAAACCAAGGUAUGGUGAUCGCAAUGAAGAAGUCUUGGUUUGAACAACUAGGUGGAUUUGACACUGGUAUGAAAGUUUGGGGUGGUGAGCAAAUUGAACUCUCAGUUAAGGUUUGGACAUGUGGCGGUAUCGUGGAAAUAAUACCAUGUUCUUACGUUGCUCACUUGUUUAAGACACGGCUUGUAUGGAAAGAUAUGGGAAUAUCCAAAAUUAUAAAUGCAUUCAGAUUCGCAGAAGUUUGGAUGGAUGGUUACAAAGAAAUGUUGGAUAAAUACUGGCCUACGGUUAAACGGAACUAUGACCUAGGUCCUGGACUUCGAGAAAGAAAGGUCAUCAGACGACAAAAUCGAUGCAAACCAUUUCAGUAUUACAUUGACAAGGUGAAAGAAUUUGGGAUGAUACACUUUCCUGAAAAUUUAAGAAAUUACGGAUGGAUUCAAAAUGAAGGCACUGAUCUAUGCAUUGAAAAGGAUACAAUGUUGGAAAAGUGCAGUAAGUUCCAAGCAGUUUUUCAGUUUUAUGAACAUACGGAAGAGUAUCACAUACGACAUGACGGCUGGUGUCUAUUUCCGGCGUCUAUGAUAAACCAGCCGUCACUUGUCCUAGUUAGAGAUGAAUGUUAUGCUCUCACCCCGGAGAGAUCGGAGUGGAUUUACACUGUGGACAAGCAGUUAAAGCAUAAUUACACGAACACAUGCCUAUGUGUAAAACAAGGAGAACACAAACCUCAACUAGUUCUUGACAAGUGUAGAAGUGACCCGAAUCAGCGCUGGAUCUGGAAACUCUGGGAUUCUUAGAGGAAGUGCAUGUUUUAUUCUGACUUAAUUACAUGAACAUAUACAGUUGUAUAUGUGUAAUUAUAUGUUUUUAUUUGAAUAUAUUUAUUGUUAACGUCACAUUAAGCCUCAGAAAUUAACAUAUUUCCGUAGAAAGGGCACACCUGCGUUCUAUAUGCUGAUUGAUAUUAAAUGCUAAGAAAAUGGAGUUGAAUGUGAAAUUAUGUUUAAUAGUUAUAUCAAAAUGCGGUGUAAAAAAUGGUGUUUUGUUUAAUACACAUAACUUAAUCAUCAAAUUGCUAAAACACACACACGCACACACGCACACACACACACACACACACACACAAAAGAUGCAAUAUUAAGUUCGGCUGUAUGGGGGAUAAAUAACGUUUUUGAAACUGUAAUAGGACAACAAAUUUUUAUCCUUAUUAAAAUGUUCUUUAUUGUCGUUUUAAAUUUCUUUCUUUCCUUCUUUCUUUCUUUUUUUCUUUCUUGGUCUUGUCAAGAAAUCGUCAAGAAGUCGCAAUGUAUUUGUAAGAAUUGUAAAUACAUAUAUUAACUACGCGGUUUGAAAUUCUUAAAUGUGUUACAUUUAUAAAGUUAAACAAGUAGAACAUAUUGAUGUACAACAUUUGUGUAUUUAUAUGCCUUUAGCAAAUAAAAAGAAAAACAA